CGCCGUGGUGUCUACCAACAACACUACAAACGCUGAAAUUUUGAGGGAAUUAAAGAACUUGAAAUCUGAAUUUAAUAGUUUCAAAUUGGAUCUUGAUACGGUGAAAAGGGACACUCACGAUACAGUGGAUGCGGUGCGGGAGUUAACGUUGAGUUGGACCAGUUUGGAAACGCGAAUAAAUCUCAUCGAAGAACGAAUGGGCGAACUGGAACUGAAAAUAACUAAAAUCUCCACCGACUGUGACAGUUCUAGAGAGGAAGUCGCUCUUCUCAAACAUAAUCAUAACCUGCAAGACCAGUUCUCGCGCUUGAACAAUGUUGAAAUUUUAGGAGUGCCAAGCAAAUCAGGCGAAAACCUACACAACAUAGUGAGCGACAUUUGUGCAGUGACGGGUUUUCGGCUUGAGCCCACCGACGUCGACACAGUUCAUCGAGUUAGACAAUUCGCAACUCACGACGGGCAGGCCCCCCGGCCCCCGGCCAUUGUGGUACGUUUUACCCGGCGCAGACGCAAGGACGAGUUGCUUGCAGCCGCCCGCGCGCGCCGCACGGUGACCACAGCCGAUAUCAAGCUAGCCGGCCCCCAGUCCAAAAUAUUUAUCAACGAGCACCUCACUCCAUCCAAUAAGCUGUUAUUAAAACGUGCCCGCGAGUUAAAAAGUGAACUGAAUUAUUCCUAUUUGUGGGAUAGAUAUGACACGGUAACGAGCGGUGAGACGGGAGCCGGGCCAUCGCGGGGCGGUGGUGUGCUGAUCGCGGUGGAGCGGGGGCUGCGCGUGCGCCGCCGCGACGAUUGGUGCUCGUCACAGUCGGCCGAGGAGCUUUGGCGAUGGACAUCCCGAUACGGGCGACUCCGUAAUAGUUUCGUCAACAAGCCACGAUCCCGUAUUACGAUCGCUUCCGCGUCCCUGCGCUCGUCCGCAUCAGACGGCGGAGAAGCCUUCUGCUCCACUGGCCCGGAACAUUCCGCGGCGCAAACUGACCCGCGCCUCUGCGUUACGAUGACGUGUUAG